AUGUUAUCUUUUAUUUAUUUAACCUUCUCCUCCAUUGUUACUGAUUUUUCUUAUCUACCUUGCCACCAAGACCCUGCCCUUCGCCCCCCACUUUUCUUCGCCGCCCAUUCACGGGAUUUUUUGUUGCUGAUAAUAUCUAUCUAUCUAUCUAUCUAUCUAUCUAUCUAUCUAUCUAUUGAUUUUUUAUUGCUGGUAAUAUUUUUUAUCUAUCUAUCUAUCUAUCUAUCUAUCUAUCUAUCUAUCUAUCUAUCUAUCUAUCUAUCUAUCUAUCUAUCUCAAUUUUUUAUUGCUGGUAAUAUUUUUUGUCUAUCUAUCUAUCUAUCUAUCUAUCUAUCUAUCUAUCUAUCUAUCUAUCUAUCUCACCUCAAUGUGUUAUUUAAUGCCGACAAGGUUUUUAUUGAUGCUAAUGUUUUUUUUUAUCUAUCUAUCUAUCUAUCUAUCUAUCUAUCUAUCUAUCUAUCUAUCUAUCCAACUGACAAGAUUUUUAUUGCUGCUAAUAUCUAUCUAUCUAUCUAUCUAUCUAUCUAUCUAUCUAUCUAUCUAUCCAACCUCAAUUGGUUAAUGCCGACAAGAGUUUUUAUUGCUGCUAAUAUUUUUUUUAUCUAUCUAUCUAUCUAUCUAUCUAUCUCAGUAUAUAUUGGUUUGGUUUGGUUUGUUUUACGGCAUAUCAGCCUCAAUGUGUUAUUUAAUGCCGACAAGGUUUUUAUUGAUGCUAAUAUUUUUUUUAUCUAUCUAUCUAUCUAUCUAUCUAUCUAUCUAUCUAUCUAUCUAACUGAUAAGAUUUUUAUUGCUGCUAAUAUCUAUCUAUCUAUCUAUCUAUCUAUCUAUCUAUCUAUCUAUCUAUCUAUCCAAAUUUUUAUUGCUGCUAAUAUCUAUCUAUCUAUCUAUCUAUCUAUCUAUCUAUCUAUCUAUCUAUCUAUCUAUCCAAGCAUAUAUUGGUUUUUAUUGAUGCUAAUAAUAUCUUUUUUAUCUAUCUAUCUAUCUAUCUAUCUAUCUAUCUAUCUAUCUAUCUAUCCAACUGACAAGAUUUUUAUUGCUGCUAAUAUCUAUCUAUCUAUCUAUCUAUCUAUCUAUCUAUCUAUCUAUCUAUCUAUCUAUCUAUUUAAAGUUUUUAUUGCUGCUAAUAUUUUUUUUAUCUAUCUAUCUAUCUAUCUCUCUAUCUAUCUAUCUUUCUCAUGCUAUUCAUAUCUUCAUAUCUACCUAUCUCAUACUAUUCAUAUCUAUCUAUCUAUCUAUCUAUCUAUCUAUCUAUCUAUCUAUCUAUUUAACCUCAAUGGGUUAUUGCCGACAAGAGUUUUUAUUGCUGCUAAUAUUUUUUUUGUCUAUCUAUCUAUCUAUCUAUCUAUCUAUCUAUCUAUCUCACGGCGUUCCCGCGUGACCCCCUGCGUACUAGUGGCGAUCCCGCGUGACCCCCUGCGUACUAGCGGCGUUCCCGCGUGA